CAUUUUGUUGAAGUUUCACUCGCGCUCGUGUACGGUUAACUGCCAGCUCUUUGCCUUCGGACUCAAUUUUGUGAUAUUUUUUCAAUUUUUGUGAUUAUUGCUUAGUUGAUUUGUUUAUAUCGUUAUCCUCUUAUUUAUUGAUUCAUCUUUUUGAUUUCCGACAUCGAUUUGUUUAUCAUCAUAAUGGCUACUAGUACUACGAUGAAGUUGUGUUUGUUGGAGGUUUUUGAGAUACGAUCUGUCACCAAGUCAAACUAUGAGUUCUUACGCGGCGCGGCAAUAGACGAGAAGGGAGAAGUUGUCGAAAUACAAGUACCUUCUAGCGAGAAAGGAGCAGAGACCGUAAAGAAAUUGAAGGCAAGAGAUUUUUUCAUGUUAAUGGAUCCCAACGUUGUUACAACAAGAGAAGGCAUCGCGCAAGUGAGAGUCACUAAGAGGACGAAGGUGUUUUCAAGAUGUGGAAAAUUUGAGGUUAGGCAGGAAAUAGUGGAGGAGUACUUGAAGCCACGUGUUGUUCCUGUACGGACUGCCAAGGACUCGCCAGCCAAGAAGAGAGUUUCAAUUACAGGAAUUGUGUCAAGUGUGUCUGAUGUUCGAGGAGUUAAAAGAAAGUAUCGGGAGUUGUUUGUGAUGGAUGACGAGGACCAAGUCAAGGUUAUGAUCUGGGGAGAGGAGGCUUUGAGGCCAAUAAAGAGUGAUUCUUGCGUGACGUUAACUGGGCUAGAGGUUGGUGUUGAUGGAAAAGGUGUGACACUGCAUUCAUCGCCAUCUACAAUAAUUGAGAGGCAAAGAUUCACAGAGGAGAAGGUGGAGGCUGCAACUGAUGAAGGGUUUCCCAUGCAACUUUUCCUUGAGUCGGGUGAAGUAUUGGAGAUUAACAGAGACUUUGGGAUUGACUGGAAUAAUCUUCCUUGUAGAGUUAGCUUGGAGCGAUCUGUCGACGGAGAGUUGUUGAACAUUGUUUGUAUGGAGUAGUUUGUAGACACUUAUUUGUUAUAAUGGUGUAGUUUAAUAAUGAAGUAGUUUUGUAAAAUGAUGUUUAAAUUUUUUUAUCUAAGGUUAAACUGCUUUAAGUAUUUCAUGUUUGCCCAGCAGAGGUGACGAUGGGACUUAGGGAUAAAAAUACUUUGCCAUCCGCUUUCGUCUGUCACAAUCCUAAUGACACAUAAGUCCACAUGUAAGUUGCUUUUUUAGCAAACUUGAAUGGAAGAUGGACUUGGGGGACCUGCAUGUUAUGUUGCAGUCGUAGGUCAAGUGGUAUGGUCAAAGGUCAUUUCAGGUCAACUUAAAAUUUACAUGGAAGAUUCUCUUAUGACACCUAACUAUGCAAUUACAUGGAAGAUUCUCUUAUGACACCUAACUGUGCAAUUGUAAGUCAUUUUUCAAUGAAACUUGGAUGGUAAAUUGACUUUAGGGAUGGCAUGUUAUGCUGCAAUUGGAGGUCUCAUGGUAAGGCUGAAGGUCAUUUUCAGGUCAACAUUCAACUUUAAGUGCAAUGUUUUUAUGAUAAGUGUUAUCAUUCCUUUAUUUUACAAUGCAGUUUGAUACAGUUUUAUUAUGUCUUUUGCAAAUUGUGAUAUUUUUAAUUAUUAUACAUGUAAGUCGUGAGACAGAAAAUUGCUUAUGCUUUUUGUUUGCCCACCAGAGUUGAAGGCGAGACUUAGGGAUCCAAAUGUCGUCCAUUUGUCACAAAUCUAAUUACAGAUAACUCCCAACCAUAAGGUUUUUUUGAACCAAUGUUUGAUGGUAGAUGGAUUUGGGGUACCUGCAUGUUAUGGUGCAGUUGAAGGUCACAUGGUAAGGUCAAAGGUCUUUUUAG